GUGGGUCCCUCUCCAAGCCCGACUCUGCGUGGAAGAAGAGGGCGGGCCCGGCGCGGGGAGGAGAGCGGAGGAGGAGGAGGAGGAGGAAGAGGAGGCGAAGGGGCUAUGGCUCGAGCAACUUGCGGCGGGCAGCAGCCGAGCCUCUGAGCCCCCCGAUUGCCGCCGCGUCGACCCUCAUCCCCAAGCCCGGCCGCGCCGGACUCGUAUCCCCGAGACGCCGGGGACCACCCCGCCCGGCACCGAGCCGCCUUCGACUUCCCCGAGGGUGGCUGGAGAGCAAGGGAAGCUUUCCUUGGGACCCAUCCUCUCGCCGGAGCCCCCGCACCCCGAUGGCCCGGAUGGGGCUGGCGGGCGCCGGUGGACGUUGGUGGCCACUCGCUCUGGUGGGCUUAAGCGCCUUCUUCCUUCCAGGUGCCCAUGGCCAGGCAGUGCAAGUGAACGACUCCAUGUCCGGGUUCAUUGGCACCGACGUGGUGCUGCACUGCAGCUUUGCCAACCCCCUGCCCGGCGUGAAAAUCACUCAGGUCACAUGGCAGAAGGCUACCAACGGUUCCAAGCAGAAUGUGGCCAUCUACAACCCCUCCAUGGGUGAGUCGGUGCUGGCCCCAUACCGCGGCCGCGUGGACUUCCUGCGGCCGUCCUUCACUGACGGCACUAUCCGCCUGUCCCGUCUGGAGCUGGAAGAUGAGGGCGUUUACAUCUGUGAAUUCGCCACCUUCCCCGCGGGCAACCGCGAGAGCCAGCUCAACCUCACUAUAAUGGCCAAACCCACCAACUGGGUGGAGGGCCCCCCGACCGUGCUCCGCGCCAGGAAGGGGUCAGACACCAAGAUGCAGGUGGCCACCUGCACAUCGGCCAACGGGAAACCCCCCAGCGUGGUGUCAUGGGAGACGAGGCUGAAGGGCGAGGCAGAGUACAAAGAGAUCCGGAACCCCAAUGGCACAGUGACUGUGGUCAGCAGCUACCGCCUGGUGCCCCGCCGGGACGCCCACCAGCAGACCCUAGCCUGCAUCGUCAACUACCACACGGACCGCUUCCGGGAAAGUGUGACCCUCAACGUGCAGUAUGAGCCAGAAGUGGUCAUUGAGGGUUUCGACGGGAACUGGUACCUGCAGCGCAGCGAUGUGAAACUCACGUGCCAUGCAGACGCCAACCCCCCAGCCACCGAUUAUCAUUGGACUACGCUGAACGGCUCUCUCCCCAAGGGUGUGGAGGCCCAGAACAGAACACUCUUCUUCAAGGGUCCCCUCAGCUACAGUGUGGCGGGGACCUACAUCUGUGAAGCCACCAAUCCCAUUGGCACCCGCUCCGGCCAGGUGGAGGUGAACAUCACAGAGUUCCCCUACACACCGGCCCCUCCUGAGCACGACCGCCGUGCCGGUCCAGUGCCCACGGCCAUCAUUGGAGGCGUGGUAGGCAGCAUCCUGCUGCUGCUGCUCGUGGUAGGUGGCAUCGUGGUGGCCCUGCGUCGCCGGCGCCACACUUUCAAAGGCGACUAUAGCACCAAGAAACACGUGUACGGCAAUGGCUACAGCAAGGCUGGAGUCCCACAGCAUCACCCACCCGCGGCUCAGAACCUGCAGUACCCGGACGACUCAGACGAUGAGAAGAAGCCCGGCCCGCUGGGCGGCAGCAGCUAUGAGGAGGACGAGGACGAUGAGGGUGGCGGCGAGCGCAAGCUGGGGGGCCCCCACCCCAAGUAUGACGAGGACGCCAAGAGGCCCUACUUCACAGUAGAUGAGGCCGAGGCACGGCAAGAUGGCUACGGGGACCGGACCCUGGGCUACCAGUAUGAUCCUGAGCAACUGGACUUGGCUGAAAACAUGGUGUCCCAGAAUGACGGGUCCUUCAUUUCCAAGAAGGAGUGGUACGUGUAGGACCCUACACCCCCCAGCAGCACCCGCACGCCCCCCCACCUGCCCCUCACUGCCCAGAAGCCCCUCAGACUCACGGGCACAAGCCCCUGCCAGGUUUGGUGGCCCUCCUUGACCCCCCCCCCCGGUGCUGUGUUCGAGUGUGGCUUUGGUCUCGCUGUCCCCCAGCACCCCCUCCCUACUCAUGGGAGUCCUAUGUCUGCCCUCUGUAGCUAGGCACCCCCCGGGGUUUGGGGUGCUAGCCCCCUGACACUGGAAUUUGUUCAUGUUCUCUCCCUUGGGGGUGGAGGGGCUCUGAGAGGGAAAAGCCUCACUUCCCCCCACCCAAAUGCUGCUCCCCUUUUCCCAGGGAGAGGAACCUCCCCAUGUUUUCCCCACCAUGAGCUCCAGCCCUGAGAGACAAAAUGAGGGGGGCAGGUCCUGCCUGGGAGCCUUGGGCCCUGUGUGCAUGAGGGAGGGCCCCUAGGCAGGCCCUGUGCAGGAGUGGGGGGGUCUCCCCGUGUCCCUCACUGACCCAGAGAGCAGGUGAGCCCCACGGAGCAGGACUCAGUGUACGCUCCGGCCGAUCCCAACCUCACACACCUACCUGCCACCCAACCUUCCCCGGCUCUGGGGUCACACGCCUUAGCCAGGCUGUUCACUGCCGGGGCCACCUGCACCCCUCUUCAGAGCAAGGGCAUGUCCUGGGCAUCUCCCUGUAAGAGAGAGCACCCAUGGGGCAGGGAAGAUGGUGAGGGCAGAGAGAAUGACUAGGGCAGGAAUGGGGAUGCCCUGUGGUGGCCCUUCAGAGCCCCACGACAUGCAACAGGAUGUCCCCUCUACAAGAAGGGAGGCUCCCCAGAGACCAAGGCAAGGAGUUCUGGGCUCCCUUACCACCCCCACUCCCACCUCUCGGGCCCCCCAGCUCCAAGUGCCUCAGCCUCCACUCCACAUGGAAAAGAUCUGGGGGUACAAGAAGCUCAAACCUGCCUGGCAGCUUGGUCCUAGAGAAGAGUCAGAGGUCAGGGAGCCAGUCUUAGGGGGUCAGACCACGGUGUGCCCACGGCACUGACUGACCACCUCCCUGUCACCUGGUGCUACACAAGGCCCUGGCAUUCCUGGGCCCCCCCACUGCCCCUGCCCAGUUCGUCUAGUAGCUACGUAGCAAGUCUGAAGCCAUGCCAUUCGGGGUCUCUGGAUGCCAGGCUGGGAUGAGAAGCAUGUUAGGUUCUGCUACCCUGGAGGGGGUAGGGAGCACACUGGCCCCAAGUCAAGGCAUCAUGUAUCCGUCUAUAUCCCCCGUCCCCAAUCUUAUACCAAGCCAGCCCUCUGCUGGGUCCCCCUUGCCCCAAGGCAGGAUGAGAUUCUGGGAGCCUGACCACCAGGGAUUCUCUGCACCCUGGAAAUUGAGUGAAACUGCCUCCCCGGCACCCCCCGCCCUCCUUUCCUCUGACCUUGUACUGCCACCCCAAUUCUUCGCACAAUGGACUUGAGGCCCGGCCAAAGUACUGGGUCCUCGAAGACACCUCCCUCUCCCCACACCGUGAAAACUAAGCACAAAUUGUGGGGUCGAGGCUGCAGGCAUGGUGGGGCACACAAGAACAAGCACAGGGUUGGGUGGCUCUGGGGCUCGGGGAUAUGGGAUUUGUGGGAGGUGGGCAUGAGGGUAGCCAUUGGGGCAGUGCCUCCCAGCCCCCCACCCAAGCCACCCUCACUGGAAGCCCAAAUCCGCUGCCUGGCCAGCACCGGCCUCUCACUGCCCUGUGUCCACACACACUCCCAUUCCGUUUCCUCCUGACCCUGCUGCGGGUCCAACCUGGGGUGGGACCAGCUUCUUUUCAGAAGGAACGGGAAAAGUCAAGCCAGAGUCCCCACAGCACAGCACGACAUGCCCCCCUCAUACCGCAGAAUCGGGAACUGUGGGGAGACACAGUAGCUCCUCUGGAGAAAGGGCUCCCCCAGAGAACCCUGGAGCCAGACCCUGCACUGGUAGGAGCACGUGAGGGGGACCCUGUGACCAGAGGAACCCUCACCCCACCCCCACCGGUGCUGCCCUGUGACUCAACCGUGUGGAGUGGGGUUCCGGGCAGGAACGCGAGGGCCCUCCUCUUUUAUAUACACCGGACACCAGGAGGGACCUCCCGUGUCCCUCUCCUGACUGAGGGGGUGCUUGCCUCACCCCCUUUCACUUGUAUUAAAAAAAAAUGGGUUGAAAACUGUACUGAGGAGGGAAAAAAAUGUACUUUUUUAUAAAUAAAGUGUUGAAAACA